GACCCCCGUAUCCUAGAAGAUGUUCAACGAGCUCUCAAGCUGAAGGCUCGGCGUGAAGCGCGAUUGCAAGCGAGGGCAAACCCAGCACUGAGGGCAGUUACUUCAAAGUCAGACAUGACCUCCACGUCGUCUUACUCUGCGAGUUCCUCUCUCGCGCGAGGGAUACAACCAGUCCUAGGGCCACCCGCCCUAUCGUCGCGUCUGAAUGGCCCAAGUUUGGAAUCAGAGAUUGAUUUUAGCCCAUCGGUGGGAAAUGAAAUCGUGGUUGGGGCGCAUCCUGUUCCUAUGUCCUCAAAUGAUGGCACGACUCUGGACUGGGCCGGAUCAUAUUCAGAAGACGAGAAACCAGACAAGCGGUGGAGUCUUCGUUCUAAGCGGAAGCCUAAGGACAAAGGCACUGGUAACUCCAGCAAGGACGUCGUAGAGAAGCAAAAAGCGCUAUACGUUGAUAAACUUGCCCGUAUUCGACAAUCCGUGAAACAUAAUACUGAGAAGAAGGCUGAAAUCACACGGCAACAACUCGGACGAAGAUACAACUUACUCUUUUCCUCUCUCAAUUCGAACUCGAGCCCCCUUUCACCCACCCAAAUUGUUCGUUGGUACUCGAACGUAGAUCCUCUAGUACAGGCGGACCUUGACCGGGCGGAGCCGUUGACAUGGAUAAAACACUUGCGCGAUCGACGAGGGACCAAGAGCUCUGAUCGCUCUACGUGGCAUAUAUCCGCGCUCGUCGCUGAGGAAUUUGUGAGGUUACAUCCUCGCCGAGAGACUAUGGAAACAAUCCCAGAAAACGCGCUCCCAGUCGGGUCUCCCUCUUUGUCAUUUCUUUCACGCCAAGAGAGAUCUCCAUCCAACACUUCGAGCUUUGAUAUUUCAUAUCGUACCCAGCUUGAUGCGUCUCUAUCGCGCAUAAGACUCCUCGAUAGUGCCAUUGCGCAGAAUCAACGCAAUCGUUCUCUCUUACAACGUGUGGCCGUCAGUGUCAAGGAGUAUGACAAUGCUCAAACGAGGAUGUCCAGGUCCUUGGGAUUGUCUUUUUCCACCUUACCCCCAGAGCUUCUUGACGCGCUAUCUCAUGAUCCAGCGAUCGUGAUAGGUUCCACGCGUCUCUUGAAGGGGUGGAGAGCCGUCGAGGAUAUUCACGACCACAUCCGUAACCAACAAGAGACAAUUCAAGCCUUUUUAGUGCAGGCGUCCGAACAAGACGAUAUACCACCCCAACCCAGCAUUCUCGAUCACCCCCUCUCGGCUCUAUCACGCUCUUUAGACGCUUUAGAAGUGAAUCGUGUCUCCAUAACAGAGCAGUCGCACAAAGUGGCCGAGGCUCUUGCCAAGGUGAAGGAAUUGCAUGCAGUUGUCAAGAGCGAAUUCAACGAAACGGUUGCGCAUACGUCCGUAGUUUAUCCAGAGCUUUCGCACAUUGUCGCAUUGGAGGAAAGCUACAAAGAUCAUUAUCAACAGUUCUGGGAACUUGGCAUGGACGCUCUCACUUUCCUUUUGGACACAGUUACGCCGGUCUGGAGGAUCUACGGGAAGGUUAUUGGGAUAGAUAUCCAGGAUUUCCUUAUCAUACCUUGGUACCGGAACGAGUUCACGGGCGAGGCAAAGCGAUACCCCAUUCUAGCGCUUCCCAAACGGUCUUUACGGCACUGGAUUGCACUCAUUUUAUUCUUUUAUAUCACGCUCGCCACUCUUUUGCUGCAGAUCCGCGCUGCGUUGACUUGCAUCUCAUUCUCUCGUUCACAUUUUAUCAUUGACUUAGGGUUACAGUGGAUGGCCGUUCCAAUCUUUUGGUUCGCGCUAGUGAUACAGUGGUGUGCUGUUGCUGUGGAGGUAUGCAUCGUCGCCGCUGAAUGUGGGGUGGUUAUGUGGUGGCUCUGCUGGUGGGCGAAGAUUGUGGAUUAGUUUGCAUUGUCACCUUCGUUUCUUUCCUUAUGAUGUUUUCGAUAUCUGCAUGGGUGGAUGGGUAUAUAUUCGUCUCAGUUAUUUCAUGGACAUUCACACACAUGAUCUAGGUAUUAUCAGUAGUAGAAUCACAUAAUUAUAAUCACUGCACUGAUGGCUGGGAUUGGGCAUCCCCAGGCACUAAUAAUACAGGGGUGCUCGUAGCCAAAGGUGAAUGGGCAUGUAUAGUCG